AAUUUUAUUUCUCUCUCUCUUUUUCCGCUUUUCAUCACUUUUUUUUAUCUAUCUCCCUUCUUUUACUUUUUUUUUUUCAAUUUGACCACUUUCUUUUAUCACUUUUCAUAUCAUGGCUAGACAUCAUCAUCACCACCAUCAUCAUCACAACAAUGAAAAUGGCAAUGGACAUGUUAAGCAUUCCGAAUCAAAUGGUCAGGCGACAAAGGAAGGACAAUCUCCAGUAACAAACGACAACAAGAAACAACAACAAACAAAGGCCCAGUUUGUCUCACGUGUGACAUCCAUCCCACUUGUCCAUGAUAGUGUAUCUUCUGUUUCCAAUUUGGCAAAUAAAACUAGUCUUGGACGAUUCGCUUUCGCUACUGCCAACUCGACUUACUCCACCGUCAGCAAAUACACCAGCCAACAACCUGCUUACGUCCAAUCUUAUUAUGAAAGCUAUGUUCAACCUCACUUGGAAAAAGCUGAUCAAUUAGGUUGUAAAUCUUUGGACUUGAUUCAAUCCAGAUUCCCUGUUGUCAACGAACCUACCUCCAAAUUAAUUGAUGUUGUGCGUCAACCAUCUUAUCAAGUCAUCGAUGGUGUCAAGGUACGAUUGGAUACUACUUUGACUACAGUGCGUGCCCCUGCUGAUUAUGCAAACAAACAAUUGGUAACCGUGGUGGAUAAUGUGGAAGCUCUUGUUCAUCGCUAUCUCCCUCAUGACAACGACAAGACAAAGGAUAUCAAGAAGAAGAAGGAUGAAUCAGAAGUGAAUCAAAUCUACCGUGCUUAUGGUGUGUUAAAUGAAGCCACUCUGCGAUUGACUCAACGUGUCACUGAUCAAGUCAAGUCCACGGCAUCUCAAGUACCUAAAUCUCGUGAUGAUUUAGCACAAUGGGCUAAUGCUUCUGCUUUGAUUCAAACUGCCACCACCAAUUUGCAAUCCAUUCAAACUACAUUGACUCAAUCUGUUACCGUGUACGUCGAUGCCACUCAACGUCGCUUGCCUCCUGCUGUGACUGAACGUAUUCAACAAUGGCACUCUAUCACCACCGAACGUUUACAAGGAUUAUCCAAUCAAGUUUCUAUUCAACUCAAUCAAGUGGUAUCUUUUGUCAAGACACAAUCUCAACCUCCUCAAUGGCUCAAAGAUCGUGUACUUUCAUUGGUAGAUAUUGCUAACCAUCAAUUCGACUUGGUCCGUGCUGAAUACGCUCGUACUGAUAUUGCUUCUUUGGAAAAGGCAAAGAAUGUCGCCUAUGGUUUACAAACUCAAGUUGUGCCUGUUUUACAAAACAUCCAAUCUCAAUUGACCUAUUAUUCCCAAGUCGCAAGAGAAAAGGCUCAAGCAGAUUUGAAGGUACCUUUGGAUUUCCUUGGUUUUCAUGCUCAAAAAGCUGCCUAAGUAGGUAGAUCUCUAUCACUUGAUUUUUUUUUUUUUUUUUGAUAUCAGAUACAACUUUUGUUUAUUAUAUAUCUCCAUUCAUUCCUCCCUGAAUCUCUCUCUUUUUUUUUUUUCUUUCUUUUCUUUCUUUUUUUUU